CAGAGCCGCUGCUGCCGACAGCCCGUCCCUCCCCGACCGGCCCCCUGCCGUGCUCGGGGUGGCGGGGCCAGGCCCGGGGGCUGACGUUUGGGCUGAUCUGAUUGAUAACCAAGUUUUUAAUCUUCCAGUCUGCAGCUCCUGCUGCGUCACCCCUCCGGCUGCUGGGAGUGGUAUGGUCCCCGCGGAUCCCUGGCGGUGUGGGAAGCGGUCGCUCCACUGCUCCGCGGAGAGCCGCUGGGACCGCCGGCGAGGGGCGGCCCCGCUAGACAUGGGCCUGCGGCUGCCGCUGCGCAGGAGUGCCAGCUUCACCCCGGAGCACCCUGCCCUCCUGGAGGUGCCCGGCCCCGCCGCCCUCAAAAUGGAAGCAAACGUGCUCGUUAUGGGAGCGGACAACGUGGGGAAGUCAGCUUUGACUGUGCGUUUCCUCACCAGGCGUUUUAUCGGGGAGUACGGAGACAUGGAAUUCAUCUACAGCCAUAACCUGACCGUGGACGGCCGAGAGAUUCUCUUCCACAUCUGGGAUGUCCCGUAUUCACAGGACCAGGCAGAUGAGGGUUCUUCAGAGGAAAAGCGAAUCCAGUGGGCAGACAGCUUUGUCCUGGUCUACAGCAUCUGUGACCGUGCCAGCUUCAACAUCCUGCCCCUCAAAGUCCAGUUCAUCAAGGCAGCCAAGGAGGGUCUGAGCCAGGAGAAGGUGCCCAUCGUCAUCGUGGGCAACAAACGAGACCUGCACCACCAAAGGGUGGUGUCCAGCGAGGAGGGCCGGCUCCUGGCCCUCUCUUUGGACUGUGGUUUCUAUGAGGUCUCAGCCGCUGAGGCCUAUCAUGGGGCCCUCAUGGUCUUCCACGGACUGGCUGAGCGUAUCCCUGACACCAGACUGGCACUGAAAAAGGGUACCAGGAUCCGUGGCAUUGUCAAGAGCAUGUCGGCUGUGUUUGCCCGUAAAAGAACAGACUCUCUCUGAGCUAUGGCAAGUGCGCUGCCCCUCUGUGCGCUGCCAGCUGGGCUUACGCAGUGCUGGCUGGACUGUGCCUCCUCCCUGGGUACCUGUGGAAACGGGUGUGCAUGUGAUAAGUACGAUGCUUUCCUUGAUUACAUCCCAAUGUCAGGAUCUAGGUUUCCAGCCGUAUAUGGUCAGUGCAGCCAAGGACUUUAGGGCCUUUCUGUAGCAAUGGGGAUAAGACCCCCCAGUAGGCCUGGGAUCCGUUGCACAUCAUGGGAAGCUAUGAAUCCCCCCAGCCCUGCCCCUGUGCUCACUGUUGAGGUGCCUCCUUGGUUUGAUUCAGCUGCAUUUUCCUAGUCAUGUCUGACAUGUCAUUAUUUAGCACACAGUCUCUGCAGGCCCCCAUGAGGCUCUUGGCUCUAUGGUGGGACACGCUUUGGGGCAGAAUCUCUCCUCUUUGCCAUACAAGGUUUUUAGGUGCCUACUGCUUUCUCCUUCUUUCCUCCAGUGCUGGAAAACACCAGGUGAUUUUGCUGCUACUCCAGGCAGCAUUGGAGCUUCCUCAGUGUCUUCUAUGGGAAGCUGCCUCGACUGUUGGUGAGCAGAGGGGAUGCACUGCUUCUGUCUGGUAGCACUGCCCUGUCCCCCUGCUCUUAUCCUGAGUCCUGGCAGUGCUCUUUCUGCAGGAUUCCUGUUACUUCUAUCUGUGAUACUUGUCAGGGUCCCCUUUUCUGUAAUCCUUGAUCUGCUCUCACUUUUCUGUUGAUUCUUACACCCAACUAGCUGGCAAGAUGGGGAUUUCUCCGUUGAACGCCUGCUGGUGCUGAGCUGGCUGUGGAAUAACCAGCAGUUCCCGCGUGUGCAUAGCAGUGUUCGAGUCUCUCCAAUCCUGCAUUAUCGACUGACCCUGAAGGACCUCAGCAAGGAUCCUCUGGCCUCCGGUCCCGUCUGCCUUUUCUCCGCGAUUCCAGGCAGUGCUGUGCUUUGGAACUGUGAGUCCCCCUGCCAGCGGUCCUCCCCCCACAGCCUUUCAGUGAGUGCAGAUGUUUCCCUUGUUCAAAUGGUGUAUAGACUGUGCAUGGGAAAAUCAGUUGUGUGGCUCAUUCACAGGAUGUGGUAUUGUAUAGUACAGCUCAUAAACCCAGUCCUUCCGUAAAAGCCAUGUCUGUCUAUCCCUGGAGAUGAAAGGAGGUUGGGAAAAGGGACACUGGCUCAUCCCCGAACCUGCCACUGCAGGAAGGCAUUUCCCUGCCUCUCCGCCAUACCCUUCACCACUGCCUUGCAAGGCCCCUGGUGUGCCUGGGAAUGCUGUGUGUAGGAACAGGGUUUGUGUGUGUGAUGAAGACAGUGAUUUCUCUAUUAAUCUCCCACUGUAAAUAGAAUAAAACUUUUUGGGCAGAAAGCCCCUGGCUCUU